GUGCUCGCCCCACGCCGCCCCGGCCUCCGUCUUCUCCCUAGCCCUUAAAGGGUUUGGGGGCCAGCGGGCACCCCACGCAGCGUUUGGCUCUCGCUCUCUCCCCAGUCCCUCAUCCCUUCUAAGUCAAAAGUCCGACGCCGGGGCCAGAAGUCUAGGAAAACCGCAAGUCUGGCCGCGGGCUUGGCGUCUAGUAAUGAGUUCUCGGGUUUGAGAGGUGUUUAAACCAAGCCUGGAAUUUGGCGGUAGUGGAGCAGAUGCUAUUCCUAGUUUGAAUAGUGUAAUCGGUAACCUUCAAAGGCUCCUUCUUGCCCUGAGAAGUACGAUGCUGUCAUAAAGUUUGACCUGAGGCAUGAGCCUCUAGCAAAGGUCCGGCCGGCACUCAAAACUACAAACCAGGAGGGAGCGGAUCAGUUUUGAAUAUCCGUGACUGCCACGGACUGCAGAUGCUUCGCCCCACUCAGCGAAGCUGGCUCGGCACUUCCUGGUUUUUAUCCCCUAGCGCUCCUUGAGUACACACACCCCCUCCACUGCGGAGACCGUUUUGGUUCUUAAUUAAGGCACGUUCCUCAUCAGCCACCCAUAAUCAAGAAAAAAUUAACAAAUCUCGGUAGAAACUCUAGUUUGGGCCUGAACAACCCUGGGAGCAAGAGUCAAGAUUUGGCACUCUUUAAGGACCUGGAGGAGACUCCAUUUCCUAGAGACUUGCAGGUGGCGAAGUGCUGGUGUAAUUUGAAAAGUCGCCCAAUCCCAGUCUGCAUUUUUAAAAGAAUCGCCUGGGGUUUUAACCUGAGAGUUGGAAGCCAGUGGGAGUAAGAGACAAGCCAUGGAAGCCGCUGAGAAAGAGGAAAUCAGUGUUGAAGAUGAAGCUGUGGAUAGAAACAUUUUCAGAGACUGCAGCAAGAUUGCUUUCUACAGGCGACAGAAACAGCUGCUCUCCAAGAAUUCCACCUAUCGGGCAUUACUAGACUCGGUCACAAUAGGAAAAGACAGCACCCAGUUCCAAAUCACCAAUGAAGCAAGAAAGGUUCCUCUCUUGGCUGAAGUUUAUGGUAUAGAGGGAAACAUUUUCAGGCUUAAAAUCAAUGAGGAAACGCCCCUGAAACCCAGAUAUGAAGUUCCUGAUGUCCUCACAAGCAAGCCAAACUCUGUACGGCUGAUUUCUUGUUCAGGUGAUACAGGCAAUCUGGUACUGGCAGAUGAAAAAGGAGAGCUGAAGUGUCAUAUCAUGGCAAACCCAUUCAAAGUAGACUUGGUAUCUAAAGAAGAGGUUGUGUUGAGCAUAAAUGCCCAGGGCCAGUUAUACUUUGAACACCUACAGAUUCCUCUCAAACAAAGAGCUGCUAAGGAAAACGAGAAGUCUGCAUCAAGUCCUACCUCCCAGGAAACUCAAGAGGAUCUGGGCCUGUGGGAAGAGAAAUUGGGAAAAUUUGUGGAUGUCAAAGCUAAUGGUCCUACCUCCAUUGGUUUGGAUUUCUCCUUGCAUGGAUUUGAGCAUGUCUAUGGGAUCCCACAACAUGCAGAAUCACACCAACUUAAAAAUACUGGGGAUGGAGAUGCUUACCGUCUUUAUAACCUGGAUGUCUAUGGAUAUAAAAUACAUGACAAAAUGGGUAUUUAUGGGUCAGUGCCUUACCUCCUUGCCCACAAACUGGGCAGGACUAUAGGCAUUUUCUGGCUGAAUGCCUCAGAAACACUAGUGGAGAUCCAUACAGAGCCUGCAGUAGAGUACACAUUGACCCAGUUAAGCCCAGUUGCUGCUAAACAAAAGGUCAAAUCUCGAACUGAUGUGCGUUGGAUGUCAGAGAGUGGAAUCAUAGAUGUUUUUCUGCUGACAGGACCUACACCUUCUGAUGUCUUCAAACAGUACUCAUACCUCACAGGUACACAAGCCAUGCCCCCUCUCUUCUCCUUGGGGUACCACCAGUGCCGCUGGAACUAUGAAGAUGAGCAGGAUGUAAAAGCAGUGGAUGCAGGAUUUGACACCCAUGACAUUCCUUAUGAUGUCAUGUGGCUCGACAUCGAGCACACUGAGGGCAAGAGGUACUUCACCUGGGACAAGAAAAGAUUCCCAAACCCCAAAAGGAUGCAAGAACUGCUCAGGAGCAAAAAACGUAAGCUCGUGGUCAUCAGUGACCCACACAUCAAGGUUGACCCUGACUACUCAGUUUAUGCUAAGGCCAAGAAAAAGGGUUUCUUUGUGAAGAAUCCUGAAGGGGGAGACUUUGAAGGAGUUUGCUGGCCUGGUCUCUCCUCUUACCCAGAUUUUACCAAUCCCAAGGUCAGAGAAUGGUAUUCAGAUCUUUUUGCUUUCCCUGCUUAUCAGGGAUCUACGGAUAUCCUCUUCAUAUGGAAUGACAUGAAUGAGCCCUCUGUCUUUAGAGGGCCAGAGCAAACCAUGCAGAAAAAUGCUGUUCACUAUGGCAAUUGGGAGCACAGAGAACUUCACAACAUCUAUGGUUUUUAUCAGCAAAUGGCUACCGCAGAAGGACUGAUCAAAAGAUCUAAAUGGAAAGAGAGACCCUUUGUUCUUACACGUUCUUUCUUUGCUGGGUCACAAAAGUAUGGUGCUGUGUGGACGGGCGACAACACAGCGGAGUGGAGUUACCUGAAAAUCUCUAUCCCCAUGUUACUCACUCUCAGCAUUACUGGGAUCUCUUUUUGUGGAGCUGAUGUAGGUGGGUUCAUUGGGAAUCCAGAGGCAGAACUGCUGGUGCGUUGGUACCAGGCUGGAGCCUACCAACCCUUCUUCCGUGGCCAUGCCACUAUGAAAACCAAGCGGCGGGAACCCUGGCUAUUUGGUGAGGAAAACACGCGGCUCAUCCGAGAAGCCAUCAGAGAACGCUACACCCUCCUGCCCUUUUGGUAUUUUUUGUUCUACCGGACACACGUGGCUUCUGAACCUGUCAUGAGGCCUCUGUGGGUAGAGUUCCCUGAUAUAUUAGAGACUUUUAGUAUGGAAGAGGAAUACAUGCUAGGAAGUGCUUUAUUGGUUCGCCCAGUCACGGAACCAAAAGCCACCAUGGUUGAUGUGUUUCUUCCAGGACUAAAUGAGGUCUGGUAUGACUCUAAGACAUUCACUCGCUGGGAAGGAGGAUGUACUGUGAAAGUCCCAGUAUCCUUGGACACUAGUGCUGCUCUGUUGCAGAUACCAGUGUUUCAACGAGGUGGAAGUGUGGUACCAAUAAAGACGACUAUAGGAAAAUCCACAGGCUGGAUGACUAAUUGCCCAUAUGGACUCCGGGUUGCUCUAAGCACUAAGGGUUCUGCAGUGGGUGAGUUAUAUCUGGAUGAUGGUCAUUCAUUCCAGUACCUCCACCAGAAACAAUUCUUACACAGGAAGUUUUCAUUUUGUUCCAGUGUUUUGAUCAACAGUUGUGCCGAUGAGAGAGGUCAUUAUUCCAGCCAGUGUGUGGUGGAGCAGAUCCUGGUCUUGGGCCUCAGGAAGGAACCUUCUUCUGUGACCGCCCACUUAUCUGAUGGUAAAGACCAGCCUGUGGCUUUUACAUAUUGUGGCAAAACAUCCGCCCUGACCCUGGAGAAGCUCUCACUGGACGUUGGUGCUGACUGGGAGGUCCACAUCAAAUGACAAAGUAGUGCUCCUGCUUGGUGUGGGAUAGGACAUUGCUGCACACCGGUCACAUCCUGAUGCUCCCUGCUCUAGACACGCCAGGGACUGCUACACCAUGUCUGUUGGGGCAGGCUCAACUCCUCAAUUCUCUCAGUUUCUUAUCAGGCUUCCUCCAUUAGCAGCUUGCCAACUGCCACCUCUGUACUUUCUGCUCCCUGGGCCACAGUGACCUCCCCUCCCUCUGUCUAUACAGACCUUAACCAUCCUUCUUUCCUGUGAAGACUUUCUAACUACCCUGAACUCCUACUCCCAUGUACCCACUAGCAGUGGUUUUGCCCUUCUCUGAAAUGCUGCCCCACUUGCAGUAGUGCUCUACUCAGCAUCCUCAGGGAUCUGACCUUAAUGUUUCAAGUAUAUCUGUCUGUUCUACUAAACGAUGUAUUCUUUAAGAGUGUCUUACUCUUCUUUCAUAUGCACUAGCACACUGUCACACUUCGCUUUCAGGAACUGUUGGCUGUGACUGGUUACCCAAUGCACUUGAUUGAUUAAAAAGUGAGAAUUGAAUGCAUUUGUUUCUGAUUUACUUUUCUGACACAGGACUCUUCCCAGUUCUUUCCAGCAUUGUGCAUUUCCUCACAGAAACAUUUUAUUGUUAGCAGUUGAAAUUUGAGCUUCAUAACAUACAUAAGUUUACACAGACACAUGCAUAUUCUUGGAUCCUAUUUCUAUAAGUUUUGUAAUUGAGGAAAAAGGAAGAACUCUAUAUUAGCAAGACAUGGUCCCCAACUUCAAAUUUACUUUGCCAUCCUAAACUAAGUCUUAGCCUGAAAACUGGGUGCGCUUCCCUAAUCUAAAUGAUGGUUUUUAAAUCAUAUUUAAAGCUGAAUAAUUAGGGGCCAUUUUUGUUUAUUGCUAAUCUAUUCUUCACUCAUUUAAAAUAUUCUGGGGCCCAGCUUCUUUGGUACGGUAGAUAGUGUACUGGACAAGAAGCUGGAAACCUAAUGCCGACUGCAGUUCAAGUCAGGCAGCCUGAAAACAAACUGGGCAUAUGCACACGCACACCCAGGAUCCUGGGGCAAGCUAUAGGAAGGAGACUCAUUACCAAGCCCUGUGGAGGGUGCUCAUCUUUCUCUUUCUCUGUCUCUCUCCCUCUCUCUUUCUUACUUGUGUACAGACAGACAUAUGCAUUCUGUCAUUCAUUCAUGAAUUAAUUAAUUAAUAGUUUUGGAGGAAGGAACAAAGCAACUAUUUCAGUAAGUCAGUGAGUCCUGACCCAACUCUACAUUGAACUAGAGAUUAGUGAAGAGAAAUAUAAUCUGGGUAUUUGUUUUUAAGAAUUAUUAUUAUUUUUUUUUCACAUGAG